AAUUUACAUAACUGAAGUUACUUUCCACUGCAAGUUGACCAUAUAGCAUGCUAACUUUCUAGCUAGUCAGACCCGGCUAGUUUAGCGGUUAUGUUACUAAAUUGAGACCAAUAAUAAUAAUAAGCAGUGGCGUUAACACACCGUCAGAUUUACAGAGUUUUCAUUAAACUAUGGUUAAUCACACGGGAUUCAUGUUUAGUUUGCCCAACGUUAACGGGUGCUAAAUGCAAUGUAUUAACGCUAAAAUGAGUAAAGCGCAACACAUUAAACACCAAAGAACUCUUAUAAUCCGGUGUGACAAGUUAACAUUAAACGUUGUGCUCUCUCGGCCCUGGAUUAUAAUGUCCAUAGCUACACUCGUUGUUGUGUGUGUUGGUUGUGGGUCCUUUGGGAUCAGUGUUAAACUUUAGCUGUCAGUAGCUGGUCAGUCAUGCUGAAGGGAAUCACAAACACACACUCACUGCCUAUUGAUCCCGGUUGAUUGAGAGGCGGAUCUGUAUGUUCAUGACACGUGGCUGACAUUCCCAUUUCAAUCUAUAACGUUUUAGAACAGACACUUGGGUCAUUUUCCCUCCGGGUCGGCCCAGGGAGAAGCUUAAUUUAAAGGCAGGAAUACAGAGGAGCUCUCACAACCCGAGCGGUGUAGUGAGAGGUGAAGCGUCAUCGUCCUGGUCAGUGCAACUUUUGGUUUUUCUCUCAUUCAUGACGAAAGCACUAAUGUCACUUGCCUUCCAAUCCCACCUCCUCUUGAUGUGGAGGGAAAUCUGGACUGAACUUCAGUGAUCUCUAUUGAUCAGGAUUGAUCUUUACUUUUAGGCACCAGUGCUUGUGGUGCUGGUGAGGUCACAGUAUUCAUGCAUAAUGUUCCUGUACGUGCCACUUGGUGGUGAUAAUGCGCCGCUAAGGAGUGCUUAGUUUGUACAGCUAUGCAAAACUCCUGCAUUGUUAUUAAGGUUAAGAAAGUCUGAAAGCACUCUGAAACCACUUGUUGUCACCCACAGCACAGAGAAGACCGGCAUCACCCUGACUUAUGUAUCUUUUGCUAACACUUUCCCUAAAAAGCCACUGGUUCUUGUUGCGGGAAUGUGCUGGGGUCAACCACGCUAGCUCUGGCCUCACAUUUCACAAGAAUGAGCCUUAAAACAUUAAUGCACAUGAGCUGCGCGCUGUUAAAUAAUGCACUGGUCGUAGGUGGUGCUGUUCCACAGACGCUAAGAACCAAAUACACCUUCCUGACCUUUUUCUGCAUUCAUCACUAUUGUGGGUGUGUAAACAGGUAAUCCCCCUUGGCUUCAACUACACCCGGUUGUCUGUUGUUUUUGCCUUUUAUUGAAUCAGCAUCUCCGAUGUGACAGCGGCGGUUAGCAUCACGGAACAGACGAGGUCUUGUUUGUUGCUGUGGUUUGGCAGCAACGUGCCUGGAGCUUCAGUUUCAGAGUCUCAAAUCGACUGAUGCAAGGCAGCAAUCAUCGGAAUAAGAUAUGAAGAUCCGGAGCAAAAGGGAUUCGCACUCACCACGCGCCCUCUUUGCAUGUCAUCAACGGCAGUGAAACGGCUUCUUUUUUUUGUUUUUAACCACACGAGAUGUCACAGUUUUGUAAGCGCUUCAAUACUCAAAGGCGCGUGUCAUCACAGGAAGUUGAGGCGAGUCCCGUUUCCUGUUCUGCCACCCGGAGUACAGAAACACAUACGCCUCCAUUCUUCUGUGAGGGGAGUCCAACCCCCCCCACUGUGUUUGUAUGUCCGUCACAAGUGGGCAGCUGUCGCCGUGUACGAGUGGAGGCAACAGGUGUCUAGUUCAGACGGUCGGAGCGCAGCAGCAUCCGUCGCUGCGCAGUGUGCUUUCCGUUGUAAUGGCGAAUCCUCUAGCGAGAGGGUCCAUGGAGAACGAGCCAGGUAUCGUGUCUCCGUUCAAGCGGGUCUUCCUGAAAGGAGAGAAGGGGAGAGACAAGAAGGCCCAAGAGAAAGCCACCGAGCGCAGGGCACUCCACACCUUCUCCCUCUCUCAGCCGGACCACCGCAUUGACCCUGACAUCCUGCUUAAUGACUACAUUGAGAAGGAAGUCAAAUACUUGGGACAGCUGACAUCAGUUCCGGGAUACUUAAACCCGUCGAGUCGCACUGAAGUGCUGCAGCUCGUUGACAAUGCCCGGAAGUCCCAUCAGCUGGCCGGCCAGCUGACGUCGGAGCAGGACGCCGUGGUGAGCUUGUCGGCGUACAACGUGAAGCUUGUGUGGCGCGAUGGAGAAGACAUCAUCCUGAGAGUGCCCAUCCACGAUAUCGCUGCCGUCUCUUACAUCAGGGACGACUCUUUGCACCUCGUGGUGAUCAAAACGGCCCAGGAGUCGGGGGGUUCCCCAUGUCCCAGCUCGUGUCCGGAUCUCAACAAGUCCCAGACCCUGAGCUCCUUAUCGGAGGGUGGAGCCGUGCUCGUGGAAGUCUGCUGUUUGCUUGUGCUGGCUGUUGAUAACAAGGCAGCAGCAGAGGAGCUGUGUCUUCUGCUCAGCCAGGUCUUCCAGAUCGUUUACACAGAAUCCACCAUUGACUUCUUGGACAGAGCCAUUUUUGACGGCGCAACUACACCUACCAGACACCUUUCUCUUUACAGCGAUGAUUCUUCAAGCAAGGUGGAUGUCAAGGAGGCCUUUGAAGAGGAAGCCAGCACAUUUCCUUUCCAGGCUUCCAUGGAGGCAGAAGGAAACUCCCCACCAGCAUCGACCCCGGCGUCCCCUCAGACGAAGACCGCGAGUGACGGAGAUCUCAGCACCACUGCCGCCGAGCUGCUGCAGGACUACAUGACCACGCUGCGGACAAAGCUGUCAUCGCAAGAGAUCCAGCAGUUCGCCACCUUGCUGCAUGAGUACCGUAACGGGGCGUCCAUUCACGAGUUCUGCAUUAACCUGCGCCAGCUCUACGGGGACAGCAGGAAGUUCCUCCUGCUCGGCCUGCGCCCCUUCAUCCCGGAGAAGGACAGCCAGCACUUUGAGAAUUUUCUCGAGACCAUCGGUGUGAAGGACGGCCGCGGCAUCAUCACGGACAGCUUCGGCCGAUACCGGCGCACGGCCAGCUCCGCCUCGGAUUCCCCCACCAACGGCAACGGCGCAGCGGGAGGAAGCAGCGCCUCCGACGAGAGCCAGGAGGCCCCCGAGGGAGACGAGUGGGACCGCAUGAUCACCGACAUCAGCAACGACAUCGAAGCUCUGGGCUGCAGCAUGGACCAGGAUGGAGUGACACCCUGACACGGGCAAUAAAGAGAGGUGCUUUUUAAUGUUGUUGUUGUUUCCGCGAGAGCUGAGGACUCCUAACCGCCACCAGACCUCAGAUGAACAGCAGCCUUGAGCUCAGGGGAUCAGAUGAAGGGGGUCCUUAGCACUGACCCAAGAUAUUUUGUAUUUUCCUCUAAUUAUCAAGAGGACGUUCCCCUUUCCCGACGCACUCAAGGAAAACCCUCGACCUAUUACCACGAAAACAUGAAGUCAACAAAUGCACUUAUGCAGACCCUGUAGAUGACGAGCAGUCAGUUGUUGCCAAGCAGGGAUUUGUAGCCUCUGAUGUAUUUUCUUCUGAUAUAAGUGUCUUGAUUUUUGUACUUGUUUAUUGGCAGUAUCUGCCACAGCUGUCAGCGAUGCAGCGAAUAUCCCCCAUCUUUGGGAAUAUUUCAGUGUCUUUUAGAAAAGACUCUGGAGGCUGCACCAGAGGACUGAGACCAUGUUGCAUACGGUGAAGAAUGAGGCUGUGCUAUUGUAAUACUACUAUAGGUCACUCGGCGCCGUCCGCCAGGAGGAUUUUAUUCAUGUAUUGGCGUGAGUGUGAUAUUUUGCUAUUAUUUUUUCAGUAUGAUUUGCGUACCAGUUUUACACUAUCCUUUUUGUUUACUCAUUUAUAUAAAUAUAUAUAUACAAACUGACCGAGGAAAUGCUGUAAAAACAAAGAUUCUCACUCAAUUGGAGCGAUUGAACAGGGACUGUAUUUGACAAAGCCGUUCAGGCUGAUGUAAAUCUGUUUUAUUUCUAGUGCAGGGCAUCUUGUUGUGUAUUGUGACAUUACAUGUAUCUGUCAUUGUGCCUUUUCCACUUCAGUACUGCUGCCAACAGUCUGUCUCACACACACCGUAAUUAUGAACUGUAACUACAGUUGUUGAGCAAAUCAUGGUUAUUAAAUAACGGCUACUUUACAAUGUCCGUCUUGGUUGUUAAAUUG